AUGGGCGUAGAGGGCCUGCUGUGUCAAGUGUACGGCCCUGACGUCUCCGUGGCGUGGCGAGAAUUUCUCCUCUCCAUGGUCUUGCUGGUCAUCGGCUUACUCAUGUUGGCCUUCUGCAUUGCGGCACAGAAGAUGGAGGAAGCGGCUGGAACCAACCUAACAAUACCCUUCAGUUCUCAACAACAGAAUCAAAAGCACGUCUAUAACUAUAAGUUGGAGCCAACAGAGCAACUCUCUCAAGUUCUCAGCAACAGAAGAAAACCAGAGCGCUUUGGUCUUGGUCCAGUUGGAGACCUCUCCAUAAGUCCGUUCACCAUUGAUCCCAGGAACAUCCUCAAACGCCCUGUGUCUGGGCUCUCCUCUGACCUUGACCUUGACAUCACCAAGCACAUCCAAAAGUCUCAACCCACCACUGCCGCGGCAACUUCUCCCCAAGUGAGAAAGGAACCCGACACCCUUAACGCACCACCACCGUCACCCACAAUACCUAAACUUACAACCACUCAAGCAGAUGAAGAGAAUGCUAAUACUAGCAUAGGCCUAGAUCUAGCAACCGCUGCCUACGGCCUUAUUCCCCCGGCGCCAUCUUUGAACACUAGCUUCAUCAGGGGAAAUUACUCCUCGCUUGAGCUUGCUAGCUCGGUGUGGUUAUGUGCCCUUGUCGAGGUCGCGUCUGCUGUACCGGAAAGCGUUGUGUUGAACAUCACUCUCAGCACGUUGGUUUUGCUUUUCUUGCUUUACGCGACACAGAUCAACAUUCCCUCCGUGGUCACUACACUUCUAAUUCUGGCUAUGAAGCGAUAUAUAGUUGAUCAUGUGGUACGACCUUAUAGAUCCAUACAUCUGCCCUCGGAAGUCGACUCAGACAUCUCUAUAAACUCGUUAUCGGACGACACAGAAUCGUUUGUCACCGUGGCAGGCAAAGUGCAGGCCUGAAAACCGCGCAGUGGCAGGCAAACAUCUUUGUAAA